AUCAACACAAUAAAUGAGCCAAAUAAAAUAUCUCAGCUAAGAACAAAUUAAUAGUCAUGUGAUUAUUGUGAAUGCCACCAGCUUAAUGGAAGCACUAACUCGAGUAUACUAUCCCAGAAUUCGGUCAUUUACAGAUCGGAAUGGAGAUUUUUCUACAAUAUCAUGAUUAAUUUAUACUUUAACUCCACCUCAAAUCUCCAUAUAUAUACACAUACACAUACAAAAUUCAUGUAUGAAUUGUAUUGAUCUUUGCCAGCUAGCUUAUACUGCAAUAUGAAUAUGAUGAUGAGCAGUGUCCACUUCAACUUGAUCAUCAUCCUUCAAUUUCUGCCUUUUUCCUUUCUUGCUCUGUCACAUUUAGACACUACUGCGAAGCUAUGCUCAACUGUUGAUGAUCGUCUCCCUAUCACAUGCAAAGGGACCGAGAGAGAGGCACUGCUGGACUUCAAGAAAGGUCUCACUGACCCUUCUAGUAGGCUUUCUUCCUGGGGUGGUACAGAUUGCUGCAAAUGGUAUGGAAUUGAGUGCAGUGAUCAGACUGGCCAUGUAACAAAGAUCGACCUCAGAAAUCCUUACAAGUUUUUCAAUGGUGGAGAGUUUGACUCAGAAGCUUAUAAGAGGUCUUGUUUGGGUGGUAAGAUUGAGGUCUCUUUGGCUCGUUUGCAAAAUUUGAGUGAUUUAGAUCUCAGCUUGAAUGAUUUUGAAGGUAUUCAGAUUCCAAACUUUUUUGGUGAGAUAAAAAGUUUGAGGUACCUCAAUCUUUCUUUUGCUUCAUUUUCUGGGGAAAUUCCACCCCAUCUUGGAAACUUGUCAAGCUUGGAGUAUCUUGAUUUAUAUGCAGAUUCCUUUAGCACUACAGGCACUUGGGACUUACAGUCAGAGAAUCUUCAAUGGCUCUCAGGUCUUUUUUCCUUAAAAAGCCUCAACCUGGGAUUUGUGAAACUCGAUAAGGUUGGUGCAAAUUGGCUGCCACAAGUCAAUUUGCUUUCUUCUUUAGUAGAGUUAAAGUUGCGCUUUUGUGGACUCCAAGGCCUUCCACAGUCCUUUCCAAUUCUUAACUUCACAUCACUUUCAGUCCUUGAUCUAUCAGAUAAUUCAUUUGGCUCUCCUAUGCCUCUCUGGUUGUUCAAUCUUACAAGCCUUACCAAACUUCAUUUGGUAUGGAACUUCUUCAACGGUCCCAUUCCAAGCGAAGUUACGAACUUAAAUUCUCUUGAAGUCCUUGAUUUAGCAGCUAAUUUAUACCUUGAGGGUCAGAUUCCUAGAUUUCUUGGAAACCUUAGCAAGUUGCAGAUAUUAGACCUUUCAGGAAAUAAUUUCAGUGGUAAGAUUCAUGACUUCUUAGACCGGUUCAAAGCUUUCCCGAAAAGUAGCUUAGUAUCCAUAGAUUUAAGCUCCAACUCUUUGGAAGGUUUUUUGCCUGAGUCCUUAGGAAAUCUUAGAAGUUUGCAGCAUCUAAUCCUUUCUGGCAACUCCUUUUGGGGUUCAAUUCCUGCAUCCGUUAGAACACUGUCUGAAAUGAGAGUAUUAGAUCUCUCUUACAAUGAGAUGAAUGGGACAAUUCCAAAAGGUAUUGGGAAACUCUCUAAUCUUGUUAAUCUAGACCUUAAAUCCAAUUCCUGGGUAGGAGUUGUUACAGAAUCUCACUUGAUGAAUCUCACAAACUUAGAAAAUCUUUGGCUUACUACAGAACCAACAAAGUCCCUUGUUUUCGAUGUGCCUUACCAGUGGGUUCCUCCUUUCAGCCUCAUUGCUAUUAGACUACAGAACUGCAGAGUAGGUCCAAAGUUUCCCAGGUGGCUUCAAGCUCAGAGUGAGCUUUCCACUGUUAGCCUCGUAAGUGCUGGGAUCUCAGAUACCAUACCAGAAUCAUGGUUUACCAGAUUAUCUUCUCAACUGGUCUUAUUAGAUUUAUCAAAAAACCAGAUAAAAGGGAAGUUACCACAGGAAUUUGUAUGUCCAAAACUAAAUGCUAUUGAUUUGAGUUCCAAUCACUUUGAUGGCCCCGUCCCACUUUUCUCCACCAAUGCAAGCCAGAUUUUUCUUCAUGACAAUUUAUUUUCUGGAUCUAUUCCAGAAAAUUUUGGCCAGCAAAUGCCGAGAUUAGAGAAGCUAUAUCUUUCUUGGAACCAUCUAUCUGGUGGAAUUCCUUCAUCACUAUGUGAUAUAGCUAGUUUGCAAGUUCUUGCUCUCAGGAACAAUCACUUAACUGGUGAACUUCCUAACUGUUGGUUCCAUUCCUUGACUUUAUGGGCGGUGGAUGUAACCAACAAUAGCUUAUCUGGUCCUAUCCCAACUUCAAUGGGUUUCCUUCCUUCCCUCACCAUUCUCAUGUUAGGAAACAACAAAUUCAGUGGGGAAAUUCCUUCUUCGUUGCAGAACUGCUCAGGCUUAACUAGCAUCGAUCUUUGCAAGAAUAGAUUCACAGGGAAUCUUCCAUCGUGGAUAGGAAGGAGAGAAGCUUCACUUUUCAUGUUGAAAAUCCACUCAAACAAGUUUGGUGGACAUGUACCAGAAGAGUUGUGCAAUCUUCUAAAUCUUCGCAUAUUAGACCUCUCUGACAAUGAAUUUUCAGGGGUGAUUCCUAAUUGCUUACAAAACUUGACAGCCUUUGUGAAUGUUAAUAUUAGCAGCCAGGCUUUUGUGGGACAAAUUUGGUCUGUUCUGAAAGGAAGAGAGCCUGAUUAUAGUAGCAUCAUUGCUAAUGCCAACAGCAUCAACCUUUCAGGAAAUAACUUGACAGGAAAGUUACCUAGUGAGAUGACAAGUCUUUCUGCAUUGCAAAGCUUGAAUUUAUCAAGGAAUUAUAUAAGUGGAAGCAUUCCAAAGGAGAUUGCAAAUUUGGAAUAUCUACAAACACUUGAUCUAUCACAUAACCAUCUUUCAGGACAAAUUCCUCAGAGCUUGUCUUCCGUGACUUCCUUGACAAAAUUAAACUUGUCAUACAAUGAUCUGCAAGGAAGAAUACCCCCACUUCCAAAAUUCCAAGAUGCAUCGAUUUUUGAGGGGAAUCCAUCACUAUGUGGAGAUCCUCUUCCAACCAAAUGCAAAGAGAAUUGAUAUGUAACAAUGGAUGUAUAGUUACCAAGUUUUAAAUUAAU